AUGGGGGAAUCGCACCUGGAGAAUGUUCAGCCUCCUCAGAGCUUAGAGACAGGUGACGGAAAACCUGCCGAUGGUCACAGUCCCCCACGGUGCCAUUUUUUUAAGCGACUUCCUGGGAAGCUUUGGCCUCGUCAGGACUCAGAGCAACGUGGCCGAGAACCUGCCCAGGGCUCCAGUUCCCCACGGCGCAAUUUUUGGGAGCGAAAUGCUGCGGAAUGUGUAGGCCUGAUAGUGUCUCUUGUACGGUGCUACUUCUUUUACCAAUGGCCAUGGAAGAGCAUAUCCUUAGGUGAGAUGGGGAUGAAGGUUGGUCCUGAUGGAACUUCUGAGCAACUUCAAAAAGCGCUGAAGACGCGACCACGGGACUUCAGGGUGACCACUUGCGAUUCUCCAGCAUUGCGAGAAAGAAAUCAGGAGAAAGAUGGAACAUAUCCAAAGAUGGGAAUGGACAAGCGCCACAAGGCCAGGAACCCCAACCACCACAGCCUUCCCAAGAUGCAAAUCGACAAGCGUUACAAGGCCAUGAACCCCAACCACCACAGCCUUCCCAAGAUGGGAACGGACAAGCAUCACAAGGCCAUGUUUUGCAGCCACGACCGGCUCUCCAAGGAACACAGAGACCUUCUAGUUUGCAAACACAAGACCCUCAUAUCUCACGAGCACAGCAACCUGAAUAUUUCAGGAUGA